AUUUGAUAUUGGGGUCUAUUCGUCAACUUUCUUUGAAUAAUACCGUACACUUCAGGAUUAUUCAGCCUACUUCCUCUCAGGUAUUCGUGUCUCCCGAUAGAAACAGAACACGAAAGACUUGGAUGUGUAUUAUAUUUGGGUGGCAACUAAAUGAUUGCGGAUUUUGUCAUUAGAUUCUUAUUUAAAAUAUAUGGAGUAGGCACUAUAUGUCAUUUGUAGAUACAAGUAACGGAGUAUCAAAUAAGUUUGAAGAGACAAAUACAGAAAUACAGGGGGUAGUCGGUUUUGUCAACACGAUGGCUACCGCUUUUCAUUUACAAGUCCGUUACAACACGCAACGUCGAAAUUAAUGUCACGCAUUUUCAGGUUCCAUGGCACAAGAGUGCCGGUUAUGUACAACUGAUAGUGCUUUUUUUUAUUAUUUGUUUAAACAUAACACCUCCGAUGAAGACUAAAAGAGUCUAUUUUGAUCUAUGAUUUAUCGAAUUCUCGCACUGUCUUUCAUUUAUACACGUACCACAUCUAAAGAGGAUUCUCUUUUAUAUUGAACGAAAUUACUCGUUAGUUUCAGUCCUUUCGUUUCAUUUAGUCCUUGUUAAUUUGUGUUCGACCGACCAGUAUGCCCAUUGUGAUUAUAUGUAUAGACUAAUUUCCCAAGAAGACACACUCUCGAAUAUAAAUCCAACUGGAUAUGACGUCUUCCGGUCCGGAACAGAGCAUUGAAAGAAGCCGUGGAAUUGAUCAAAUCCGCAAAUCGUCGAUUCGAAGAUUGUGCCGUUGGGUGGCAGUCGAAGAUAUCGCACGAGCAAUGGAAACUCAUGGCGAAUGCGAAUAGGGUUCAAGACAAAUCUUGGGAAGACUCUGUUCUGGCGAGAACCUAUUUCGCAGACAAGACCUUGGACGAUUCCUUCAAGUCACUGCUUACUUACGACAAGGCUACAACGGACUGUUUACAGAACUUUAUUACUUUAUUACGCGGCGAAGAGUCUCAAAUACUCCCGAUGGGAGCGACUGUAGUCCAAAGUCGGAGCUCAAAUCAAGAAGAAAAUACAUUCAUCGAUACCUCAGUCGCUCCGUUUAAUCUCGCGGUGGCGAAAGAUCAUCGACAACAAAACGAGAUAAAGUCAACCGACAGGACCGAGGACGCCAUGACCAGGAGCGACAUUGAACCAUCCUUUAGCGAUUUAAUCAAAGCUAAAAUCAAUUUUGACAUGAAGUUUCUUGAUUUUGAAGCCACCUUAAAUAGCACCGCCUAUACCGCUACUUCUGCAAACAAUACAGCCCCUAGCUGUCUUUGUCAGAUUUGCUCCAAUGUUUUGGUGAGUACGGCGUCGACGUGCGCAUCAAAGAAAAAUAGUCGCGUAAAGAGUGUCACGAAAAGAAGAAGUAGACGCACCACCGUCCGGACGAACAUCAAAAGACUGGUUAAGCGAUCUGCAGGAACUUCGAUUAGAGAAAGAGAAAAAAAUCAAUCAGUCUCUCUGACUGAAAUUGGCAACGGUUUAUAGAUAAGCCACAACAAAAGGCAGACAUCAAAGAUCGUCGAAUAGUGAUACUUUCUCCUGAUAUUCAAAGUAGCUCAUAACUCAAAAUAGCAGCAACAAUAACGACAAGAAUAAAAUUCCGUUCUUAAAUUUUGCAAACCAAACACGAUAAAUCUUCACGUUAUUCGAAAACAAAUACAAUACUAUGAUUGUUAUCGACGGCACGCUCUUUUCAUAAGGAUAUACCAAUUCGUCUCAUAUAAAUUGUAUACUCCAAUAUGAAUGUUAAAAAAACAUUAAGUCAGUAAUUGAAACUAUAACUUCCGAUCUUUACUGAUUGUGAGUGCCACGGUAUCCACGUCCAUCACGUCAUUUACGAUAUUAUCGUGGCUAAUCACAUAUCCACAAAUAAUGUUAUUCUUCUUGCGCUAUUAGCCCACAGCGUCAAGAAACUUAUCACCUCUAUACCUUACCUUACGCUGAAUAAUAAGGAAAUCUUUCGAAUAGAAUUUGAACUUGAAAUGGGAAACGGA